CUAUGACGGAGUACGACUUUCGUCGCCUUCUCUCUCCUUCCACUCUCAUUUCGUGUUGAUCGCCGGAAACCUCCUCCCCGUCUGGCCGCCGCCGAUAGCUUAUCCGGCGGUCGUUCAUCACAGCCACGAUCCACCAUUUCUUUUUCUCCACGAUUGUCUUCCCGUCUCUCCACCUAAUCGCCCAAAUUCUCAUGUGAACGAAUCACAGAUUGCAGAUUCAAGGCCUCCUCACUGCUAAUAGCUCAGGGUUUUUGUUUUUCACAAGUUUUUAUUUUAGUUUGAAUUGCAUCAUGCAGGCACAGAUGUUUAGAGUAGUGUUUAUAGGGAGAAUUUAGGGCUAGGGUUUUAGUGAUUGGAGUGAAAUGUUGAACAAAAUUAUAAAGAGGGGGCACCGGAAGGUGCCCAAAUCCAACGGCGGAGAGUUUGGAUACGGGCCACAGGGGACUGGUUCAGUUUCUACAUCCAAUGUAGUGGUGAACCAUGCUUCUAGGGGCAGCUUGCCCCCGGAUUCAACGCAGUCGCAUCUGCCUACGGCGGCGGCGGCGGCGCUCUUUUCUGCUGCAGUGCCGGCCCCUGGAACUAUAGAGAACCUGCCUAUGUUUCGCGAUGUGCCGGUGUCGGAGCGCCAGAACUUGUUUUUGAGGAAGCUUCAGAUUUGUUGCUUUCAGUUUGACUUCACUGAUACAAUGAAGUUGGCUAGGGAGAAGGAGAUCAAGAGGCAGUCCCUUGUAGAGCUUGUAGAUUUUAUUCAGUCAGGGUCUGGAAAAAUUACUGAGAGCAAUCAGGAGGAAAUGAUAAAGAUGAUAUCUAUCAAUAUAUUCCGGUGCUUACCUCCCAACUCACACGAGAACACAGGGUCAGAAAAUGCUGACCCUGAAGAAGAGGAGCCCUUUCUCGAGCCCUCUUGGCCACAUUUGCAGCUAGUAUAUGAACUGCUUUUGCGGUACAUUGUGUCAUCUGACACUGAUACAAAGGUAGCAAAGCGGUUUAUUGAUCAUUCAUUUGUGUUAAAGUUAUUGGAUUUGUUCGACUCUGAGGACCCGAGGGAAAGAGAGUAUUUGAAAACAAUUCUUCAUCGAAUAUAUGGGAAGUUCAUGGUGCAUCGGCCCUUUGUAAGGAAGGCAAUCAAUAAUGUUUUUUAUGGCUUUAUAUAUGAGACGGAGAGGCAUAGUGGCAUAGGUGAGCUUUUGGAGAUUCUAGGGAGUAUUAUAAAUGGGUUUGCAUUGCCAAUGAAAGAGGAACAUAAGCUGUUUCUUGCCCGUGCACUCAUACCACUCCACAAGCCAAAAACAAUUGCAAUGUAUCAUCAGCAGCUAUCAUACUGUAUUGUUCAGUUUGUGGAGAAGGAUUACAAGUUGGCUGAUGUAGUUAUAAGAGGUCUGCUGAAAUAUUGGCCUGUUACUAAUUGCCAAAAAGAGGUUCUCUUCCUUGGAGAACUUGAAGAAGUUUUGGAAGCCACACAGGCAUCAGAAUUUCAGCGUUGCAUGGUUCCUCUUUAUAGACAGAUAGCUCGUUGUCUAAACAGCCCACACUUUCAGGUUGCAGAACGAGCCCUAUUUUUAUGGAAUAAUGAGCACAUUGUAAGUUUGAUUGCCCAGAACAGGAAUGCCAUUUUACCCAUUAUUUUCGAGGCUCUGGAAAAGAAUAUACAGUUCCAUUGGAAUCAAGCUGUACACGGGCUCACUGUGAAUGUUCGCAAAAUGUUCUUGGAGAUGGAUGCAAAUUUGUUUGAGGAGUGCCAAAGACAGUAUGCAGAGAAAAUGGCUCGGGCCACAGAAGUGGAAAAGCAGCGAGAAUUAAGAUGGCAGAGAUUAGCAGCUGCAGCAGGAGAAGGCAGCUGAGGGAUUUGUCACGGGAACACUGUAACUCAUAUAUGUACUUAUAACCAUAACUUGUUGCAGCUUAAGAAUGGCUUGUGUAUUUGUCCCCUAUAUUUUUAAUUUACUUCUAGUGAGAAAUUGUUUCUGAUAUUGAACCCUUAGCCACAGAUCCAGUUGUGAAUGGGUUUUGGGUAAAAUCAAUUCUCCUGUGAUUUUUUUUCUAAAAACUUCAGGAUUGUUUUUGUCAUUCCAUUCUAGUUUUGUAUAAGAACUACACUCUUCAGUCUUCACUCUUGUGGGGAAAUAUUUGUAUUAUAUAUGGCUUUUGCAUUUCCUUC